CUCAACAAAAGAAAGAGGUGAUUAUUAUAUAUGACUAAAAAUAUGGGAAGCAAAAGGAAAGAGAAGAUGAAGGAGAUAGCAAGUACGGAGGAGCAGGUUGAUCAUGGGAGCCUCUUUAGUGAAUCAAGAAGGAAGUUGAUUUGCUAUGAUUCAGAUUCUAACUCACAUCAUCAUGCUAAGAAGAAGAAUAAGAACCAAAACUACUCAAAUGGUACUAAGAGUUGUGAUGAAGUGAUUACAAAUCCACUUCUCCUUGAAGACUUGAGGUUUCAUAUCUUUACUUUUGUUCCUAUUAACUGUCUGCUUAAUUCUAUAAGGUAUGUAUGCAAGUCUUGGGCUGAAACUAUUGGCAGCUCCCGUUUUAUUGAAGCAUAUGAAAGCCGCCGCCGCGGCAGUGCACAUUCUUCUAAAAUUGGUCUUUACGUUGAAAAUCGCACACUAGGCCCUAGUUAUUUCUUGGAAUUUAAAGAUUAUGUAAGUGGCCAAUUUGAAAGGACUAAUUUGGGAACACCUGAAAGAAUGGGACGUAUAAUCGGUACUUGUGAUGGUAUGUUGUUGCUUGAGAAUUAUAGUUGUAAACAAAUGUUUUUGGUGAACCCCCUCCUCAAGUGGUGGCUUAGACUUCCUUUUUAUCCCAUUACUGAACGACCUCCGAUAUUUAGGUAUCAAGGUGCUAUAACACGUGUUCCUAGAACUGGAAAAUUCAAACUUUUCCUUGCAGAUUGCAUUGAGGUUUUAGGUGUAUUUUGGCAUGUAUUGUAUGUUCUAAGAAUUGGAAAAGAUAAUAAUACAUGGAAAGAGAUAUUCAGAAAAGAAGCUCACUUUCAACAACAUUUUAGAUGUCAAUUACUUUAUAGUAGUGGUGGUGGUGAUCUUUAUUGGAUAACAAAAAAGGUAGUGUUUUUGAUUGAUGUUGAUAAAGAACAUAUUGUACCAGAAUGUCAACUUUCAUAUGAGAUUCUGAAUCACAGAUAUUUAUUAAUGGGAGGAGAUCGUAUUUCUUGCAUCGACGAGUCUGAUAAUGAGUUUGGUACAACAUUUCAAAUCUACAUUUUAAAUUUUGAUUCAGGAAAAUUGUCUCUUUAUCAUGACACGGGACCUUUUGAUUUUGUGGCUAUUUGUGGUUGUAAGGUUUAUUCAUCUCUCAUAUUUCGUUUAUGGAUCAACGAUCAAAUUAUCUUUCAAGUAUAUGUACUUCCAAAUGAAAAGGUAUCUUCAAACUAUGAAAAGGUAAACUAUCAAAAAAUGCAUUUUGGUUACAACAUGGAGACCGGACAAUUGACAAAGAUUGGGGACAUUGACAUGGGCGAUUUUGAAGUAUGGCUUUACACUAAAACUCUAAUUACAUUGCCACAUACUAUGAUAUAGCUAUAAGUUUCUUGGUACUAUAUGUAGUAGCCUAGUAGUACUAUUUAUAUUUCUCUUAGCUGAAAUUAAAAACAAUUAUUUAUUUAUAUAUAGUUGCUUUGUUAGACUUUUAUUAAUAUAUUUUAAAUUGCUUUGUUAGACUUUAUUAA